UUUCACUCUCUGUUUCUUUUGACGCCGCUGGCAAUUGGAUUUGGCGGCCAUUCUUCUCUCUCUCAGUCGCACCAUUCUUCUCUCUCCGUACAUGCAAAUACAAGGGAAAUGGCUGGAAGUGAAUACAGGAAGGCAUCUUUCGUGAUGCCGUGCCUCGGUGAUUUCUCCUCGAAGCUGUGUAUACCAUCGAAGUUCAUGACCGAAUACAACCAAGCUAUUCAACACUCUGUGAUGUUGCAAACUGAUUAUUCAACAGAAUAUUGGGAGGUGAAGAUCAAACCUAUCAAUUCCAAUUUCUACAUGAAAGAUGGCUGGCCGGAGUUCGUCAACGACAACCGCCUCCAUCACCUCGCCUUCCUCACUUUUCGCCUCACCGCUGAUUCGACUUUCAAGGUCUCUAUCUAUAGAAAGGACGGUUGCCGCAGACGCCCGCCCACCUCCCGCGAUGGCUGUGAUGUUGUUGAUAAGAGAGGGAUUAAGCGAAGAAGGAGAAGAGAACGUACACCAACACCGGAGAUUCCACCAUCCACACUAGUUCCAGGAAAAACAAAAGGAUGGUUUUUCAAAAAGGAUAACCCACACUACUUUGUAGCUACUCUCAAGCCUCAUCACACACGCAGAUUUAACCUUCCUUGGGAGUUCUCAAGGGCUGCAAAUAUGAUGGUGAAAAGGCAAGUGAGGUUGGUGUAUGAAGGAAACAACAGCAAUGCCAUAUCUGUUGUAGUUGAUCCUCGGCCGGAGGGGCGUAGGGUUGAUCUGGCCAUCGGAUGGAGACAAUUCUACAAGGCAAACGGGUUACAGAAGGGACGUACGUACUCUUUUGAGUUCAAUCCCGACCAAGAUCUCUUCCAUGUAAAACAAGUAGCUCGCCCGAGGAGCAUGAUAUCGCCAUGAAAUUAGGGUUAAUUUAUUGGUUAUUUUGAAUCGGGAGCGGGGCAUUGUCCUUCUUUUCUAGACCAAAGGCAACUUGAUUUCUUCAAUUUCUUGACUUGUUUUUGUGUAAUGUUGUAGUCAAGUAAGGGGAUCUUUAGACUAAUUGGAGAAUGAUGUUAUGUACUUAUAGCUUAAGUAUGCACGAUCAUAUGUAAUAUUAUUAUUAUGUGUCUCAAUAUAUAAUUGAGGUAUUUUGGUAUA